UGAAGAAAGCCUGACUAGCAGCACCUGACUGCCGUCCAUGGAUUUACAGACACAACAAACACGGCAAGAAAGGGCGGAGUUAAUAACAUUCGCUACUUUACACUGCAAGACAUAAGUACUGUAUUAGCCUACAGUUGUAUAUUUUUUUCAUUUCAUAGACAGACCACAGAUUUGUUUCUCUUUCGCCCUGCUCCUUUAAGGCAUUUUUUUCUCUGGGAAGUGUGUGGACAUUCUAAUAAUGGACACAGAACUUUCUAAAACUGAUACCUUGUCUUACCUUGUCUGCCUUUUAUAUGUCUGUACUCUGUCCCUCUCACUUUCACUUACUGACACACUGACAUGUAUUGCAUGCUCCAUGUGUUGUGUGUUAGUUAACCCUUACUUAAUGUUCCACAUACUUGAUCUUUUUUUGUAAUUUCACUAGUUCUUAUAGGUGAUAAAACAUGUUGUAAUAGGAAGACAUCUGCUUCCCCAGCAGGGCAUGGAAAAAACAAAACAGUCCUUGGAGCCCUGUGAGAAACCUGAGGAUAAACAGUCAAAAUCUAUGCAGGUUACAGGUUCUGGAUUAGAUACAGACGAGCUGGUUAAUGUUGAGAGCCAACCAACAUAUAAGCAGGACACUAGCAAUGAAAUCAUGGAAAAGAAGUCUGACAAAGUGGCUGAGACACCUGGAGAAGAGGAGAAUCCAAAACAAAAGGGACAAAAGAAGAAACCCAGAAAUCCAUUUAUGCCCCAGAUUGCAGCAAAGAACAAAACAACUCAGAAGAAUGGAAACCAAAAUGGAGACAGUGGCAGUGACCUUGCAGAGACUAAAGACCCCAAGAAGUCCCUCAUGGAAUGGCUGGAUGAGUUCUGUUUAAGUGAAACUCAGAGAGAAGAUGAGGAGGAACUUGAUGGCCUCAUGGAUUGGUGGAACACUGUGGAACAAUGGGAGGACAUGCCCAAAUGUGACAACAUGACAGAGAAAGAGGAAGCCAAGGCUUUUGCUGUAACAGCUGAAAAGGUGCAAAAGGGCAUACGUGUGUUUAACAAACUUUUCUCAGAACGGGCAGAAGGACUGUGGCAGCACGUGAUCGACCUGCAUGCCAUUGCUGAUGGCCUGGACCGCUUCAACAAGAAAACCAAGAUUGCCCAGAUCACUGGUGGCUCCACCAGUGCUGUGGGAGGUGUUGCUACCAUAACUGGCCUCAUCUUAGCACCUUUCACAAUGGGAACCUCUCUGAUCGUCACUGCGGUUGGUCUGGGUGUUGCCAUGGCAGGUGGUCUUACCUCUGCAUCUGCUGGGAUAUCCAGUACCGUCAACAACUCUUUGGAUCGCAAGAAGGUGGAGCGCAUUGUGGAAGACUACCAGGCGAAGAUGGCUGACCUUAACAAAUGCAUGAAGUUUAUCAAGCAAGGCAUUACAAACCUAAGCAAGUUCAACCGGAAUAAGAUGAAGAAGCAUGCAUAUAAUCAAGACUACCCUUGUUUAAACAAUAUCUACGAGGAUGGCGCCAUGGCGGGCAAAGCUAUUCUCACCAAUGCCAAUGAGAUUAUGCGUGUGAUGCAGAUAGCCAACGCGGCCGGAACCACUGCGGCACGUGCUGUGCAGAUCGCUAGUAUAUCCACAGGUGUUCUGACAGGGCUUUUUGUCGGGAUGGACAUCUAUUUUGUGGCCAAGGACUCCCAUGAGCUGAAAAAUGGUGCAAAGUCAGAAUUUGCUGCCAAGAUUAGAGAGGUGGCAGAUCAGCUGCAUGAGGGCUUGAUGGAAUUUAACAUAAUCCGAGAUGAGUUGCGGUUGACCACCACUAUGAAAGAAGACAAACCAUCUUGAAAAGCUCUGUAAACACUCCCCUGAGUUUAUUUUUUACUUUCAGACUAGAUGAUAUAUAUAUAAAAAAUUAUAUGGUUCUAGAACUAUAGCUACUGACUUUCCUUAUUAGACAGCAAAGGAAAUUCGGGAUCUUAUUUUGUUUUUAUGACUUUAUAUCCACUGCUUGUUAGGGUAUAUUUGCUGCUUUUAUAAGGCUAUUUUGUAUUUUGUAAAACAACCUGAUAAAGAACAUUAGUUAGUUAAUUAUUUAUUACAUUUAAUUACUUGCAAAUUUACCAUUGCCCAAAUAUCUGUCUGUCUGUCUGUCUGUCUGUCUGUGUCAACAUUUUUGAUGGUUGAAAUGUCACCACAACUGUGUGACAGUCUUAAAGUGAUUUUAAAAACCAAUAAAAUAUAUUU